AAACCCAAGGGAAGGAGGGAGGUCCUCUAGGUGAGACCUAGAGCCAGGAGCCUAGCAGUCCAAGGACCCUCGAGGGGCAGCCAGCAGAGCCAGGGGACCAGCUGGAAUGGAGGUGGGUUCACAGGUCACAGUCGUCAGAAGCAGUCGGGUGGUGAUAAAUGAUGCCAUUAUCCCAGCAGAAGUUGUCAUCGCCAGUGGCCAAAUCGCUGAUAUUCUGCCCACUGGGACCAGAGUCCAGAGCCAGGGAGAGAAGGUGCUCGAUGUUGGGGACUUGGUGGUCAUGCCUGGCAUCAUAGACUCUCACGUGCACAUCAAUGAGCCAGGGCGCACAGCCUGGGAGGGAUUCCACUCGGCCACCAGGGCUGCAGCUGCUGGGGGCAUCACCACCCUGGUGGACAUGCCACUGAACUGCCAGCCUCCAACGACCACCUUGACCAAUUUCCACACCAAGCUCAGGGCAGCCAGAAGACAAUGCCAUGUGGACGUGGCCUUCUGGGGCGGGCUGAUCCCUGGGAAUACUGCUGAACUCAAACCCAUGAGGGAGGCUGGAGUGCCAGGAUUUAAGUGUUUCAUGAUUGACAGUGGAGUGGAGGAAUUCCCCCAUGUCAGCCUCAAGGAUUUGCACAUGGCGAUGAGGAAACUGCAGGGAACAGACAGCGUCCUUCUGUUUCACGCAGAGGAAGAACUAGAUUUGGACAAAUCUGUCGUUGGAGAACCCUCUGAGUACAGCACGUUCUUAGCAUCCCGCCCAGACGCUAUGGAGGUCAAGGCCAUCCGGACCAUCUGUGAGCUCUGUCUACAGUACAAGGUGAGAUGCCAUAUUGUUCACCUCUCAAGUGCUCAAGCUGUGCCAAUCAUCCGGGAGGCGAGGAGGAAGGGUGCACCCCUCACCGUAGAGACCACCCAUCACUAUCUCUCCUUGGAUGCUAAGUAUGUGCCCCCUGGAGGCACCCAGUACAAGUGCUGUCCCCCCAUCAGGAGCAAGAAGAAUCAGGAUCAGCUCUGGAUAGCCUUACAGGAGGGUGACAUUGACCUGGUCAUCUCAGACCACUCGCCCUGCACCGAAGACCUGAAGCAUUUAGAAAAUGGUGACUUCCUCCAGGCAUGGGGCGGCAUCUCCUCCUUGCAGUUAGGACUCCCACUUUUCUGGACCUCAGCACGACUCAGAGGGUUUUCUCUUCAUGACGUGGUCAAACUCAUGUGCCAGAAUCCAGCCAAACUGAGUGGACUUGAAGAGCAGAAGGGGUCCUUAAGUCCAGGACAAGAUGCCGACCUGGUGAUCUGGGAUCCAGAUAAGGAGUUUGAGGUCAAUGAAAAAAUGAUUCAGCACAAAAACAAGCUGACACCCUAUCUAGGCUUUCACCUUCAUGGAGAGGUUUUUGCUAGCAUUGUCCGUGGCAACCUGGUCUAUCUGAAUGGGGAGUUCUCACCGACACCACUCGGAAAUCUGCUUCUGGUGCAAAAGAACACAGCCAGGAAAAAUCGCAUCUCCUCCUUCUAGCUGUUUUCAAGGCUCAGCUUGGAGGCCACCUCCUACAGGAAGCCUUUCCUGAUGCCUCCAGCCUCAUCUCUGCCCCAGCUAAUGAUUUGGUACUUACUUUGUACGUAUUUUGAACUUAUCUAUGUGAGUGUUAGUCCUCACUCCUCACCCCCCAGGAGAAUAAGCUCCCUGAGAACAAACACUGUUUCAUUUUUUCUUUGUAUCAUCUAUGCUUGAUACACUGUGGCGAUUAAUAAAUGCUCACUGAAUUGGGUUGGAUAGAA